AUUUCUUUCUUCAGCAUCAACGAAUACAAUCUUUCGAAUUAUAAUGGCAAUAUUUGCAAAGUUCUUUAUCACCAACGCUUACUCGUCUUCGUCUGUAUGGACGGCAGAGCUGUUCCCAACAUUCAUAAGGUUAGUAAUAUCAGUAAAAGUUAAAACUUAGACAUUAUGCAAAAAGAUCUCAGAAUAUUGAAAUGAUGGGUUAUUUCAUUCACUGUUUUUGUGUUGUCUCAUACUAAAUUACUUCUUUGUGAUUUCACUAUCAGGAGUAUGGCGUUCAGCUUUGGCUCAGUGGCCUCAAUUGUGGGCUCAAUUUGUGCAAGUUAUGUAAUUUGGUUGGUUAGUAUAUAAUAUCAUUCUACUUUGGUAUAUGAAAUUCUAACAUGUAAAUUUGUAUAAUUCGAUAUGAACAUGGUUCGUUUUUUGAAAAAUGCUCUAGGCUUGUUUUUAGCUAUAUUAUAACUAUGAAUAACUCAUUGGCUGAGCUUGUUCGGUCCGGACUGUAGGAAAUUAGUCUCGUUCUCUUUUCCUUUGUAUUUUGGCCUCGGUCUAUGUAUAUAAACGUUAUCCUAUGGUGCAUAGUCUCAGUGCCUUUUUUAAGGAAUUUUCACUGAAGGGGCAAAAUAGGGAAAAAGUCAGAACGAAAAAUAUGAGCCGUCGAGGUUUGGCGAACGCGCGAGCCUGAAGAGAUUUUGUAAAACUUUAAUUUAUUAACUUCACCUAUAUUUUACUUUAAACAAUAACUUCAACUCUUUAUAGCUAUAAUCGUACAGCUAUAACCAGUGGCGUAGGCAGACCUUAAUUUUUUUUUUUGGGGGGGGGAAACCUCAUGCCGAAGGUGUGAGACUGUCUAGGAGGGUCCAGGGGCAUGCACCCCCGGGAAAAUUUUGAAAUCUAGGGUCCCUGAAUUGCUAUUUCAAGCAUUUUGGGAGUGAAAUAUCUAGCAGAAUUCCGAAGAUUAUAAAGUACAUCGAAGACAUGAAUUUUUCCAGACAUUUCUACUCGGAAUUAAAUAAAUUGGAAAAGUCAUCUUGAAAAAUAGGAGGAGGGGUCAGUGUCACCUUAUUUCCUCUCUGUGAUGCUGGGGUGGGUGGUGGGUGUUUGGGAGAAAAUCCCAAUGUGAUUUUGAUCAGAAAUGUUGCAUUCAAAUCAUUUUAGGUUCUAUGAGACACCAUUUCCCCAUUCUCAAAAUUGCGUUGCUUUUUCAUACGAUACAGAAUAAAUCUGAGAAGAAAUAUUCAUGCUAUGUAUUUAACAGUUAAAAAUCUAAACUAAAUCUAUUCUUUUUGGAACUAGCAUUUUAUCGGAUUGUACGUUUGCAUGAAAUCUAUCGCUAGUAUGAAAUACUCGGUGAAGAACAAUAUGAAUUACACACAAGAUGGUUGUGGAGGAGGCUAUGGAAGGGCAUAAUCUCAUUAUCAAGUAAAUCGACUGCAAUUCUGACAGCAAUCAUGAGCAAUUCUGCUUCGCACUUCGGGAGCAGAAAUGGCUUUACUGGGGGGGGGGCAAAUUCUUUCCCUGGGGGGGGGGGGCAAUUGCCCCCCCCCCCCCCCCCCAGAUAUAUAGUUAAAAAAGGCACUGCAUAGUCUGCAGGAAAUUUUUGUCUUUGUUCACAGGAAAACAAUUAUUUUUCCAGCCCUAUCUGGUCAUUUUGUAUUCAGUAAAGUAUUUUGCGAAUGUUUACAAUCUUAUUCGCAAUCAUUUGUUAUUUCAAACUAAAUGUUGGACCAACAGUUACUGUAUCAACUUUUUAAAAACAAACUUUCAAAAAUUUGACAACAUUAUUCAUUUUCACUUUCAGAUAAGGAUUCAUCCGAUGCUUCCAUUUGGAAUCAUGGCAUUCUUCUGUUUACAGGCUUCUUUCGUCGCCAUGUUCCUACCAGAGACAAACGGCCAGCCCACUCUGGAGACUCUCCUAGAUAUGGAACCGAAAUUAGUUCCAACAUCGAACAAAAAUGGAAAAGAUGAUUGCAUUCUGGAGGAAAAACUUUAACUAGUUUCAUUCUAAACAACUGUUGACACGGCUUUCACUUUUUUCAAAGUUUACUGGCAUAUAUAGCUAGCUGGUGAUGGAAAAAGAUGGCUGAUACCUUCAUUACCUAUGUAUUGCAUUCCGACUAAUUCUCUUGCAAUAGAAGUAAACGAAAAUCGGAAUAGUUUGUGUCAGUGUAGGCAUAGCGACUGUAACGGCUGCGGAUUGAGAGAGAUACAGGAGAACUUCGAUGUUUUGAGCGAAGGCCGUUCGUCCCUACUUCGAAGUUCUGAAUCUAUUUUUCAGCUAGUUGUUACCUUAUUAUUAACUUUCACUCCCACCCAGGGG